CAUCACACUCUCUUUAUCAUAACUCCUCUGCCUCUAACCUCUAUCUUCCUCGCACCUACACCAUUAUUAUUCAUGCGUCGUAAUACUCGCUUCGUCAAGAACCAUUGCUCCAGUUCACUCCGGGUGAACUAUUAUCGCGCACUUUUAAUACUUUCAAACUAAUGGCACGAUUUUAGACCCGUAAUGGCCCUUUAAAUGACCCACUCAAAUUUUAAUUAAAAGAGGUGAUUUUUCCCUACGCCAGACUUUAGGAGGCGAGACUGAGUGACUUAAUAAUAAUGCAUUAGCGAAUUUUUCUCUCAUGCACGAAUUUGCUCAGCUGAGUGUAAUAAACAUGGCGACAAUGUUGUGUGGUGGGACUGGUUGGUGAGUCGCUUAUAACGUCGCUAUUUACCUCGCCCGCCGGGAAUUGUGUGCCGGGCCUCGUGUCUCUGCCCACCCCGAGGACGCCACGUGACACAGCAAGUUGAUGAGUUCACCAGAGGACACCCCAGACGCUGCCGGGGCCCACGAGGCUCCCACCAGGGGCGAAAGUUUUAGGAAUGAAGAAGAACAAAGUGGUGGAGAUCACCAGGAAGAGGGUUCGUGGGCGUCGCAGCACCAGGACGGAGACAUGAAACGUGCCGCUGCCCAACUCAUAGAAAAAUAUUACUUCCAACUGACAGAUGGCUGUGGCAACCCCCACUGCGACAACCCAAACUGUGCCUCUUCAGGCAAGGUUGGCCAACUAUCAAGUAAUGAAGCGGCAGGGAAGGCACUCCAACUAUUUGCAGUGCGUGCCAGACUCUGUGAGGUGGUUGGUGCCAAAGUUCCCAGGUCCAGUCAGUCUCUGACAUUAGGUAGUGGUGUUAGCACGGCCUCUGUUCAGGGGCACAGUUCCUUGGAAAACACAGCCACUUGUUCUUUAGUGCGGGAUGUUAAUAUGGCAGGUGCCUCGAACCCCAGCACACCCCUGCCCCCUUUAUCGCCGCAGGUGGACGAGUUGAGUAAAACCCCUGGACUGACGGAGAAGACGCUCUCUCUCACAAUAGCCGAGUGUCGUAGUGCAAAUAAUUAUGCUAAGUUAAGGCGACUUUUAUGGGCAGUAUUUUCUAAUGAAGUUGCUCUCAGACACAGCUAUUUAAGAAGUCCAGAAUCAAGAGAAAGAUCAAGUGAAACAUUAGUAGGAUGCAAAUCUCUAGACAAUUCUGAGGUUCAAAGUAAGGAGGAGUUACGUGCAUCAGAAAGAGAUUUAGACAAAGACCUAGAUUGUGCCGAGGUUUUGUGUGUUGGGGAAGGUGCAAUUAGCAGGUGUGAGGGGGAUGUUAAAGAGCAAGAUGAAAGUCAGUGUACAAAGGAUAUCAAUUCGCCAUCAACUCUAGAUAUCAGUGAAGUACGGAGGGCUUACGCCGCUCUGUUUGAGUGUCCUGAGGCAGAGUUUGGAAGCACUCUCAUGAAUGCUAUUGUACAGCUGCUCUCAGAUUCUCUUAGUAUACAGCUUCGUGCUCAUAGAGAUGCAUUUACUGCCAUACCAAAUAAUAUAAAUAUUUUUAUUAUUCUUUUAGAAAGCCCAGCAUUGAACACUACUGAUUUCAUUGAGAUAGUGAUGCCAAAGAUGUGCCGAACGAUCAGUCAAUUACCCGAAAAAGAUCAAGCCCUCUUAACCAAACACUUGGCAACAUGGGAUGGGUCACGGUUACAUCGGUUGUUAGAGUCUCUCCAUCAGCUAAUUACCAUAAAGCUCCUUACUACUGAAUUCUCUCGAGACUUUACUAUCAAUGAUGAAGACAGCAUUACUUCUGCAACACAAGUCAUGAAGCUUUUAUUUUAUGCCUGCAUAUUUGGAGGUGAAUUAGACACUCCUUUAUUAAAAGACUUACCCCCUGAAGAGUCAUCUGGUGAAUCAGUCACGUUGCACGAUGACCCAUUUAUUGGUGUGAGUGGUGCUGGCAAAGACUGGGCAGCAAGGGCACCACCUAAGGACUCUUUAGGCACAGAACUUGGUGUACACGUCUUGGAUGCCCGAACACCACUUGUGCCCCUUGCAGAAUUCUAUGAUGAUUUUCUUAGUGAUCAGCUGGAAAUGGACAGAGAUUUUGCUUAUUAUAAAGCAGGAAGUGGUGACAAGUUUAGCUUUCUUAACUUCCCCUUCAUUCUCACUGCAGCAACUAAGGCUCUUGGUCUCUACUAUGAUAACAGGAUACGAAUGUAUUCAGAAAGAAGGAUAAGCAUUUAUCAGCAAGUAAUGGAAGGUAUGCCUGCAAAUCCUUAUUUGAAACUCAGAGUACGAAGGGACCACAUAAUUGAUGAUGCGCUUGUAGAGCUGGAGAUGGUGGCAUUAGAGAAUCCUGGUGAUCUCAAAAAGCAGAUGGUGGUAGAAUUUGAGGGGGAGCAAGGAAUUGAUGAAGGUGGUGUCAGUAAGGAGUUCUUCCAGCUCAUUGUGGAGCAGAUAUUCAACCCCGACUAUGCCAUGUUUUGUCUCAAUAACGAAACUCAGACCUUCUGGUUCAACCCAAACUGCUUUGAGAGCGACGCACAGUUCACUCUUGUCGGUAUUGUGCUUGGACUUGCCAUUUACAACAAUGUGAUUCUUGACGUCCACUUCCCACCAGUAAUGUACAAGAAGCUCUGCAGUAAGCCCGGCUCAUUUCAUGAUCUUCAAGACUGGAAUCCUACACUGUAUCGAAGCCUCGUUGAACUUUUGGACUACGAGGGGGAUGAUAUGGAGGAUGUCUUUAUGCAGACUUUUCGUGUUGGUUACCAAGAUGUAUUUGGCACUAGCCUUACACAUGACCUCAAGACAGAUGGAGAUAACAUCCUUGUUAGCCAAAGUAGCAAGCAAGAAUUUGUUGAGCUGUAUGCAGACUUCUUGUUAAACAAAAUGGUUGAAAGACAGUUUCGUGCAUUUCGAAGAGGUUUUAACAUGGUCACUGAUGAUUCACCAUUGGCAAAUCUCUUCAGGCCAGAAGAAUUGGAACUUCUUGUGUGUGGUUCUCAGCACUACGAUUUCUUGGAGCUAAUGAAGUCUGCCGAGUACGACGGUGGUUACACGAGUGAAACCGCUAUCGUUCAAGCAUUCUGGGAGCUGGUGCAUGAUAUGAGUACCGAAGAUAAGAAGCGAUUACUUCAGUUCACCACAGGAUCAGCCAGGGUUCCUGUAGGAGGCCUGGCGAGACUGAAACUGAUAAUAGCCAGACAUGGCCCAGACUGUGACAGGCUACCAACUGCACACACAUGCUUUAAUGUCCUCCUCCUGCCUGAAUAUUCCAGUAAGGAGAAGCUGAAGGAUCGUCUCUAUAAAGCUAUUAAAUACUCUCAGGGCUUUGGGAUGCUCUGAACAGCUGAAAAUGAGCGGGGGGAUAAGAUAUACAAAAUUGAAGAAAGAAUUUGCCAUUUUAAGGUCAACAUUAUUCAAGGUAUAAAUUGCCUUGAUGAAAUUGCAUUGAUCAAAUUUUAGAAAUGGAAUAAUUAUAUAAUGGACAAAAAAAUUGUUGAAUAAAAAGAUUAUAUGAAUUUUGUUAAUAUUUCUUGUGCUUUAAAAUGGUUCCAUUUGUGCUUGUGGCCUUGAAGAAAAUAGGAUGUGAUUAUGUCAGGUCAGUAAUGACUUCAGUUAGGCUGGGUCAGCAUUGUUUCAUAGUUUGUUGGUUCCACAUCUUGCUACAGUUCAAAACCAAUUGUUUUUCCCUAAAUGCAGCUAACUGUAGUAACAUUUUCUUUCAGCCCAAAUGACUGCUUCUUGUUUAAUCUUAUGCUAGUAAUCUCAAGAGGCUUGUGUAUUGCAAGUCCUAAAUUGUGGACAGAUGUAGACAUUUUUAGAGAUACAGUAUUUAAAUUGUGAAAAAUAAUUUAUUGAAGCUUCUUUGCAGUUAACAAUUAUUGACAAAUGCUCACAACUGUCCAUUGGUCCCGUUCUCAUUAAAGUAAGUUCUGCAAGACCAAAUUCUGUAGCCAGCCCCACACUUCAUGAAUUAACACUAGCCGUUUCUUCUUUUUCUCAUCACUAUGCAUGUAUAUAGCCCAAGACUUCACUAGUGAGUUGGCUCAUCAUCCUUCUUCACGUACUGUUAGUGAAUUCUGUGCUGUGCAACAGUUGAAUCAAAUGUUAUCAUGUAUUUUUAGUAUUUUUGUAUAAUUGGUUUAUAAAUUUCAAGAGCCAUCACCUGCUUAUGGUAAAUUACUGAGUAUCAGUGAUGAGAGAUCCACAGAGGCAUAUAUACCAUGCAGCAUUUUGUUUUGCUGUCUAAGGUUUAUACAUUUUGUAUGUGAUAUUUCAUUGAUAAGUGUAAAUAAAGAAUAUUAAAAUUA